AUGGCGGCAAACAACAUGGUCAACUCGGCCGUCAACCCGGAUCUAGAGGACGAGCUUUUCGCCCAGGAAGUCGAGCAGGUCAAAAAGUGGUGGCAGGACUCGCGCUGGAGAUACACCAAGCGGCCCUUUACCGCGGAGCAGAUCGUCUCCAAGCGCGGGAACCUGAAGAUUGAGUAUCCCAGCAGCGCGCAGGCCCGGAAGCUCUGGGGCAUUCUCGAGGCACGGUUCAAGAACAAGGACGCUUCCUACACAUAUGGCUGCCUGGAGCCCACCAUGGUCACCCAGAUGGCCAAGUACCUCGACACCGUCUACGUUUCCGGCUGGCAGUCCUCGUCGACUGCCUCGUCGUCGGACGAGCCCGGGCCCGACCUGGCAGACUACCCCUAUACCACCGUGCCCAACAAGGUUGGCCACCUCUUCAUGGCGCAGCUCUUCCACGACCGCAAGCAGCGCCAGGAACGCCUCAGCACCCCCCGCAGCCAGCGCGGCCAGGUCGCCAACAUAGACUACCUGCGGCCCAUCAUUGCCGACGCCGACACGGGACACGGCGGCCUCACCGCCGUCAUGAAGCUCACCAAGCUGUUUGUAGAGAAGGGCGCCGCAGGCAUUCAUAUUGAGGACCAGGCGCCGGGGACCAAGAAGUGCGGCCACAUGGCGGGCAAGGUGCUGGUGCCCAUCAGCGAGCACAUCAGCAGACUGGUUGCCAUUCGCGCGCAGGCCGACAUUAUGGGCUCGGAUCUCAUCGCCGUGGCCCGCACUGACGCCGAAGCCGCGACGCUCAUCACCACCACCAUCGACCCCCGCGACCACGCCUACAUCCUCGGCUCGACCAACCCCAACUUGCAGCCGCUCAACGACCUCAUGGUGGCGGCCGAAAAGGCCGGCAAGGUGGGCGCCGAGCUGCAGCGCAUCGAGGACGAGUGGCUGGCGGCCGCCGCGCUGAUGCGCUUCGACGACGCCGUCCAGAAGGCCAUCGCGUCCUCGUCCGGCGACCAGGCCGGCCUGCGGGAGCGCUACGCCGCCCUCGCGCGGGGCAAGUCCAACGCCGAGGCGCGCGCCGUCGCCCGCAGCCUGCUCGGCGCCGACGUCUUCUUCGACUGGGACGCGCCCCGCACGCGCGAGGGCUACUACCGCCUGCGCGGGGGGUGCGACUGCGCGGCCGACCGCGCCAUCGCCUACGCGCCCUACUGCGACGCCGUUUGGAUGGAGAGCAAGCUGCCCGACUACGCCCAGGCCAAGGAGUUUGCCGACCGCGUCCACGCCGUCUGGCCGCACCAGAAGCUGGCGUACAACCUGUCCCCGUCGUUCAACUGGAAGACGGCCAUGCCGCGCGCCGACCAGGAGACGUACAUCCGGCGCCUGGCCGCUCUGGGCUACUGCUGGCAGUUCAUCACGCUGGCGGGCCUGCACACCACCGCUCUGAUUAGCGACACGUUCGCCCGGGCGUACGCGCGGCACGGCAUGCGCGCCUACGGCGAGCUCGUCCAGGAGCCCGAGAUGGAGGGCGGCGUCGACGUCGUCAAGCAUCAGAAGUGGAGCGGCGCCGCGUACGUCGACGAGCUGCAGAAGAUGGUGACCGGGGGGGUGAGCUCCACGGCCGCCAUGGGCAAGGGCGUGACCGAGGACCAGUUCCACUGA